UUAACCCCACACAUUACUCCAUCAUCAUCAUAUAUACCUUCAAACCAAACCAUUUUUCUGCUCUCUCUUUCUUUCUCUCUAACAUACACACACUAAUUACAUGCAUAUACAUCAUAAAGUUUCGUUUUUUAUUUGAGGGGUUUCAGAAAAUCUGAAUCUGGUGAAGGGAAAAUGGGGAGGAAGUGCUCGCAUUGUGGAAUUAUAGGGCAUAAUUCAAGGACCUGCACAUCUUUGAGAGGCUCUUCUUUCGUUGGACUUCGUCUCUUUGGCGUGCAAUUAGACACUUGUGUUACCAUCAAGAAAAGCUUCAGCAUGGACUCCUUACCCUCUUCAUCAUCUUCCUCAUUUUCUUCUUCAAGAAUAACCAUCGAUGAAAACUCUGACCGAACCUCUUUUGGGUAUCUAUCAGAUGGUCUCAUAGGUCGAGUUCAAGAGAGGAAGAAAGGAGUGCCAUGGACAGAAGAGGAACACAGAAUAUUCCUUGUCGGACUGGAGAAGCUGGGAAAGGGUGAUUGGAGGGGAAUCUCCAGAAACUUUGUGACCACAAGAACUCCAACACAAGUGGCAAGCCAUGCUCAGAAGUACUUUCUUAGAUUGGCAACUAUAGAUAAGAAGAAGCGACGUUCAAGUCUGUUUGACGUGCAGGUGGGUAGCAACAACGUAGGAGGUUGUAAUUCAGUUUCGGCUUAUCAUAAAAAAGAUGAUUCGAAAUGUGAAGUUAAGAAUAGUGAUGCCACUUUGUCGUUGCUAGGGCGCAUAACCUACUUUCAACAAGAAACGAAAUCGGAUUAUAAGAAGCAAGAAAAGCUUGAUAAUUGCCCUCAUCAAGUUCCUAAUCUGGAGCUUACUCUUCGUUCCUGCUUGGGACAAUUAGUAUGACUUCAUCACUCAUGUGUUAUAUAAAUACAUAUAAAAAUUCUCUCAGGAAUUGAUGUACCCUUUUAUCUGUUCUCAAGUGUCAACUCAUGUCCAAGAACAUCAUAUGGUCAAAGAAACACAUUGUUCUUUGCAGCAAUUCUAGUCAUACUCGUUAUUA